AUGUUCAUUUUAAGAAAGAGAAAUCCAUCAGCUAGGAAAGCUAUGCGCCCAUCACUGGAAAAGAAAAGUAGAAGAUUUACAUAUUCAGAAGUCAAGCAAAUGACUAAUAACUUCAAAGCUGUUUUGGGUGGAACUACUACUAAGAGUUCACCAUGUAAAUUUGGUACGCCUUACUGUGAUGAAGGAUAUGACUUGGCUCUCAUCUACGAGUUCAUGGAAAAUGAGGACUUAAAAGAGCAUAUCUCAGGAAAACGUGGUAGUUCUAUCUUGACCUGGCCAUGUAGACUUAGAAUCGCUGCAGAGUCCGCACUAGGAAUUGAGUAUUUACACAUUGGAUGCAAACCGAAAUAG